AUGGAAACAUUUGCGCACCUCAACGGCCACCGCCAGCAUGCGUCUGCGGCAUUGACUCCGAAUCAUGAUCAAAACCACCUCUCCUCGUCCAAUACUCGGGACGAUAUCGCGCCAGACCCUCUCGUAGAAUCACCGAGCUCCCCCUCUCCCGACCUUCCUCCUGCCCAACAACCUUCUCGAGAUAACUGCGACCGGAGGAGACCCCAAGAGGAGGAUAAUACCCGCCUCAAGAAGAUGGCCUCCGAACUUGUGGUGAAGACGGUCAGCCCGUUUCUCAAGGAACACAUCCCUGGACUUUAUGCCCCCGUUGGAAAAGACAACACCAAGACUGGCGCAAAAAGUCCUGCAACCUGGACCCGCAUCAAGGAUCCCAAUACUAAAUUCUGUUAUCGACAUCGCCCUGAUUCAAAGUGUCGCCGAGCAGCAGACGAGACCAAGAUGGGCUUUAUACAAAGUGAACUCAACAGCCUCCCCACCGCCGACCAAGAAGCCAUUACACAUGUCUGGUCGCUUUUCUCUGCUGCGCCAUCCAAGCAGCGAGAAUUGAUGUUGCAGGGAAUCAUCACCCAAUGCUGCUUCCCCCAACUGUCCACCGUUUCCCGUGAAGUUCAGGAACAACUCAAGAUCGACUUCCUCGCUGCCUUGCCGACGGAGCUGUCGUACAAGAUUCUUAGUCAUCUUGAUACUGUUUCACUGUGUAAAGCUGCUCAAGUCAGUCGACGAUGGCGCAGUUUAGCAGAUGAUGACGUCGUGUGGCACAGAAUGUGCGAGCAACAUAUUGAUAGGAAAUGCACCAAGUGCGGCUGGGGCCUGCCGCUCCUGGAAAAGAAGAAACUCAUGGCCUGGAGCCGACAUCAAACCGCCCAUCACCGCCACGAUCAGGCAGAGCGCGCGGGGCCCUCUGUUGAGACAAAUGGCCACCGUGCCGACUCUCCCGAAUCGAACAAGCGAUCGAACCCCAGCGCUGACGACGGGCCAUCCAAGAGACCACGACUGAGUGGCCCUAGCAAUUCUCGGUCUCAUCUCGACAACGAGCGCAAGUUUCGCCCGUGGAAGGAUGUCUACCGUGAUCGAUACAAGGUCGGGUUUAACUGGAAGACGGGGCGAUGCACAAUCAAAACGUUCAAGGGGCACGAGAACGGCGUCACCUGUCUUCAAUUCGACCACAACAUCUUGGCAACGGGCUCCUACGAUACUACUAUCAAGAUUUGGAACAUUGAGACUGGUGAAGUCAUUCGGACGCUACGUGGUCAUACCUCUACUGUUCGUUGCCUGCAGUUUGACGAUUCCAAGCUGAUUAGUGGGAGCUUCGACAAAACCAUCAAGAUUUGGAAUUGGCAGACGGGGGAGUGUCUUAGCACUUUGCAAUGCCAUACCGAAGGUGUCUUGUCGGUUCACUUUGACGGAUGCACGCUAGCCUCUGGAUCAAUCGACAAGACGGUCAAGAUUUUCAGCUUUGGCAACAAGGAGACCUUCUCUCUGCGUGGCCAUACAGAUUGGGUCAACCACGUCCGAAUCGACUCGCCAUCGAGGACAGUAUUUUCCGCAUCCGACGACAUGACUGUGAAGUUGUGGGACCUGGAUUCGAAGCAGUGCAUCAAGACGUUCCGCGGGCACGUCGGCCAAGUACAGCAGGUGCUCCUAAUGCCGCAGGACUUUGAGCCAGAUGAAAUCCCCAGUGACGACAAGGCCGACACCAUCUCUGUACACAGCAAUCGCAGCGCGACGCCGACGCCAAUCCCAGAGCAGCCAGAUGACUCGAGAGCAUCAUUCGGCUGUGGCUUUACGCAUGACACCACAAGACCUCUGCCUCCACGAUACAUGUUGACGGGUGGUCUGGAUAAUACCGUCCGACUCUGGGACAUUGUCACAGGCAAAUGCAUCAGGAGUAUGUUUGGCCAUGUCGAAGGUAUCUGGGGUCUUGUGGGCGACACACUACGUGUCGUGACUGGUGCCAACGACUCCAUGACCAAGAUUUGGGAGCCUCGCUCUGGAAAGUGUGAGCGAAGUUUCACGGGCCAUGCAGGGCCAGUUACUUGCGUUGGUCUCAGCGACAGCCGCAUGGCCAGCGGCAGCGAAGACGGCGAAGUCCGUCUGUACAGUUUCGAGGGUGAGACUCUGGAAGAACGAGGAACGCCAUCAUAA